CCUCUUUCUCGGUGGACAGCAGUCUGCAAGCAAACUCCACUGGCUACAAUGCCUGCGACUUAAACUACCAAGAGAGUAUGGUAGCUGAAAUGAACCAGAAACGGUGGUACCACUACGCCUUUGAUCUACUCCUGAACCCGUACAGUUAUUACCUGGCCGAAUACACGCAGCAGAUGGCCGACUACCGGGCAGGAAAGGGCUACCGGCCACCUCGGCCGCCCAUCGAUUUCAGCGAGUUCUACGCUAACCUCAAUGUCAGCAGCAGUGCCGACCUGGAAGUCGAUGAGAUGUACCACACCGGCGACCACUACCCGUACUACGGCAGAGAUCCGCCCAACUCUACUGAGUUUCAGAAGUACGGUAUCUUCACGCAGAUGAUCUGGCGGGCCAGUCAACAGGUUACCUUUGGGUGCUCCGAUUCAGGAGGCAUCCGCUACAUGGUGGCCGCCUUUGUGCCGCCGGGCAAUGUCAGAGGGCAGUUUGCCGACAAUGUACUGCGCCCGCGUCAUCAUGAUGAAGCUUCUGAAACUGAGCAGUGA